AUCAUCUCCAGCACGAAAAAAAAAACCCCAUCAUCUCCACCCCUAUAUAAUAAGCAUCCCCAACCCCGGCGUUUCCUUCAUCAUUCGGUACACACCAAAUCGUACGCAUUUCCAUCAAUACCCAUUGCCCAUUGCAAAUUAGCUACGUACUCUCACCCACAAAACGACCCAACAACCAGCUAUAGCUUCUUGCAAAGUGCUCGACCACAUGGGUUUUGACAACAGAGCCGACUUGGCCUCCGGCCAUGGCCACACCGUCUGCGUCACCGGAGCCAGCGGUUUCAUCGCAUCCUGGCUUGUGAAGCUCCUCCUUGAGAAAGGCUACACCGUGCGCGGCACUGUCAGGAACCCAGAUGAUGCCGCAAAGAACGCGCACCUGAAAUCGUUGGAUGGAGCGGCGGAGCGGCUAACGCUGUUGCGUGCAGACCUGCUGGACAAGGAGAGCCUCACCGCCGCGUUCCGAGGCUGCGAGGGCAUCUUCCACACCGCCUCCCCCGUCACCGACGACCCGGAGAAAAUGAUCGAGCCGGCAGUGAACGGGACGCAGAACGUGAUCAAUGCCGCCGCGGACGUCGGCAGCGUCCGGCGUGUGGUGUUCACCUCGUCGAUCGGCGCAGCGUACAUGGAUCCUCGCCACGGUCCCGACGCAGAGGUAGACGAGACGUGCUGGAGCGACCUCGACUACUGCAAGAACACCAAGAACUGGUACUGCUACGCGAAGACGGUGGCGGAGCAGGCGGCAUGGGAGCUCGCCAAGCAGCAGCGGGUGGACCUCGUUGUCGUGAACCCGUCGCUGGUGCUCGGCCCGCUGCUGCAGCAGUCGAUCAACGCCAGCACGUGGCACGUCCUCAAGUACCUUGACGGCUCGGUGCAGACGUACGCCGACGCGGCGCAGGCGUACGUGCACGUUCGCGACGUCGCCGACGCGCACGCCCGCGUGUACGAAGAGCCCGGCGCGAGCGGACGGUACCUUUGCGCCGGGCGCACGCUGCACCGCGGCGAGGUGUGCCGCAUCCUUGCCAAGAUGUUUCCAGAAUACCCAGUGCCUAACGAGUGCAAGGGCGGCGCGGGCGAGACCAACAAAGGGUGCCGGUUCAGCAGCCGGCGGCUGAACGAGCUCGGCGUCGGGGUGACGCCGGCGAGCCUCUGCCUGUACGAUACGGUCAGCAGCCUCCAGGACAAGGGCCUCCUUCCACGUCGCACCGCCGCUGUAGUUGAUCCUUCUGUCAUCCCGUGAAGUACUUUUGCUAUCUGCACGGCAAAGCCAACCACCUACGUGCGCAUAUAGAAGUUGUACAUUCUGUAUUUCUUUUUUCCUUUUUCACUUCUUCUCAUUUAUAGACAUGUUUUCAGACCAAAAUGUACUCCACGAAAUAAAAUAAGGCUGGAUACAUGCUUGUGCUUU